AAUUAUUUUGUUACUCAACAAAACUAAAGGCGCACUGUAAAGGUCCAUACAAUAAGUCUGGAUCAAAACUACGAAAACUACUUUUUUACGAGAAAGACGAGGAGAUUAUGGACGAUGACGCGAAAGUAAGCAAUUCUGUCACUUCGUCACGCAAUCCUAGUAGGCGAUCGUCACGAGUUGGUUCCGUGUCUAUAGAACCGAAGCUUUUUUAUGUCGAAGAAGAAGACUCAGUUUUUAGCUCUACCGAAAACAUCCCUGAUAGCACCAACAGUGAACCAAAUAAAGAAAUGAACGGCACUAACAGCGAAGACGGGUAUAAUCGAGAACUUUAUCAAAGACAACGACGUCUCAGAGCUCAAAUCGAGUAUCACUUUAUGAAUCCGUGGGAGAAAUACAAAGCCAGGAAUAGGAAGCCGUGGAAACUAUUGAUACAGAUCUUCAAAAUAAUCAUUGUCACUGUCCAGGUAUAUCUGUUUGGAGCUGACAGAUUUUCUGUGGUGAAUUUUAUGGAUGACAAUCAAGAAGCUCUGCGUUACUUGUUUUUAAAAGACUAUGGUGGAGAUGCAAAUGCUGUCAGAACUGUCUACACAAAGAACCAAGUUUAUAUGUACCUGAAGUAUGCACAUGAACAGUACUAUAACAUAGCAGAAGCAGCUGGAUCAUAUGCCUAUACAGAUCUGGAUAUAUUUGGUGACCCUCCUGCUGUCAGACUUUGUUAUGAUUACUACAAGCAAGUUGAACUCAAUGCCUCAUCAAACAGUUAUACAUUUGAUCCUACUGUUAUCAAUGAAUGUGAUUUUUUGCCAAAGCCACAUGAUCAUCAGCAUAUUAUCACCAACACUUCUUUUAACUUUGGAAGGUUGCUCAGUCUAAAGCUAGACUUCCUUUUGAAUGCAAUAAACCUUAAAGGAGUCAAGGCUUGGGAUAAACCAACAUGCUACCAACUGAAUGUCACGUUACUGUUUGACAACAAAAAGCGAGAUGGACAGAUGCCUAUCAACUUGAACUUGGAAAAUAAUUGGCUACAGUGUAAAGCUGACUCACAGAUCCACUCAAUUGAUAGUUAUAGUACCAUUAUCCGUAUCCUCUUGAUUGUAUUCGACUCCCUGGUCGUCGUUGUCUGCCUAGCAUCACUGACGCUAAGUGUACGGUCGCUUAUCAAGUGUCUCAAAUUGAUCAAGGAGGCUCGUGCCUUUUUCAUUGCCAAUGAGGAUCAAGACCCCCUAUCCUUAUCUGAUGCAAUGGAUUUAUUCAACUGGUGGUUCGUUAUCAUUAUUAUCAGCGACAUCUUGACGAUUCUUGGCUCCAUCUACAAAAUGGCAAUUGAUCAGAAGGAUUCAAACUUUUACGACGUGUGCAGCUUACUGCUUGGUAUUGCAGUUUUGCUGGUGUGGACUGGUCUCUUGAGAUUUCUUGGAUAUUUAAAGCAAUAUAACGUGUUGUUGCUGACACUGAAAGCCUCGGGGCCCAGCAUCCUUAGAUUCUGUGUUUGCGCGGGAGUGCUCUUUCUAGGCUUCACUUUCUGCGGCUGGAUCGUCAUUGGACCAUAUAAUACCAAGUUCCGAGACACCACAGUGACAGCAGAGGCACUGUACUCGCUAGUGAAUGGAGAUGACAUGUAUAAUACUUACGCCAUGGUCAACCCUGAGAGCAAGGCAAUCUGGGUAUACAGCAAGCUAUACUUGUACGUGUUCAUCUCGCUCUUCAUCUACGUUGUUCUCAGCUUGUUCAUCGGUAUCAUCGCAGAUACGUACGAGAGAUUAAAGGAUAUGGGGGAACUUCCACCAUCCAGACUUCAUAGAUUCGUGGAGGAAACAAGUUCUAGAAAUACCGGUGACACUGAAGAAAGAGGCAACGGCGACCAGCCAAGGAAUAGAGCUUUAAAGCGUGAGCAGUCGACAGACUCCGUCAUGAGAAGAAUGUCCCUCGACUCAACCGGAUUAGAGUGACGUCAUUGUGUGUCGCUUGCCAAAGCCGGGAUAGGGUGACGUAAUCAAUGCACCCUUUACCGAGAGUAGGACUGGGUAAUAGUGACGUAAUCGUUCUCCAUUAGUCCAGAGUGGGACUCGGCUAUUAAUUAAGUGACAUCAUCGGAAUGCGAAGUGAAGAGAGGAGUGACUCUGUCAUACUUUGAUCGACAUUGGUGGAAAGCGGGACUCGUGUGACGUCAUCGGUUAACGAUGUAGAUCCAUCCUUCACGAUGAGUCGAUACCUCGGGACCGUUAAUUAAAAAUAAAUGUUAGCCGAUAAAUAGAUGUAGCCAAAUACAGUACUUUCACUUUUAUCUUUGUGAUAUUUUGGGACUUGGAUGUUUAUAAUAUGUAACUGAAAUUUUAUGUAUAUCAUGUAAAUAAGAUAUUUUUCAAAAUAGAUGAAAAUGCAGUACGACAAAAUUAAACAAUAAACGAAUAUAAAUAAGAAAA